GAGUGAAACAGAUGUUAAUAAGCAGGUUCUGGCAGAUUUUCAAACAGCGAUGAAUCUAUUUCAUCGCAGAAAAGAAAUGUCAGCAGGAAACUAUCGUCAACAAUCCUUCCAGAAAUCGCAAAAAUUGCGAAAACCUUUUCCUAUACGUACUGAAUCAAAAAUAUCAGGAUAUAAGAAACACAGUGUUAAAGAAUCAAAUAUAUAUAUGAAACAACCAAACAGGAACGAAGGUCUCGAUAUAUUUGGAGAAGGAAUGGCAACUGAAGCCAUAGAGAAAAUAACUAAGAGGUUCAAAAAUUACGGGAAAAAUUCAACAGAAAAAGAAUUUCUCAAAGUUUUGGGACCUGUAAUCACAAACGCUGUCAACUGGGAUGGCCAUCGCGCUUUAAGAGCGAAAAACAAAACAAAGAUUGAUUUAAACAAGGUACAAAUAGUUUUCGAAGAUGAUUCGAGUGUAAAGGAAGUCGAACAAAUACAGAAAAACAAAUAUGAGUCAUUUAAAUAUGUAGAAAAGCGUGAUAAUGCCCAGAACGAUGAGCGAAUGUGUAGCUGGAGGCCGCGCAGGUGA